AUGGUAUCAGUAUACCGCUUCCUCCCAGGUCAUUGCUUCGAAAGAGUUUUGUACCGGGAGAGAGCCCUGCCAGCUCCGUACAGUGGUAACCGGGUGAGAGCAGAGCAGCUCUACCCUGUGUUUCACGUCCGAAGAGUUAGCCUCAAGACUGCUGAAAUUCUAACUCUCCAAGAUGCCUGUCCCGCCCCCACCAGCACCCCCACCGCCACCGACGUUUGCCCUCUCCGUGUGGUUGCUUUUCAGGCCAAUACUGAGAAACCCUCCUUGAAUAAGACAGAACAGGCUGGGAGGAAUGCCCUUCUCUCCGACAUCAGCAAAGGGAAGAAGCUAAAGAAGACAGUCACCAAUGACAGAAGCGCUCCGAUAUUGGACAAACCGAAGGGUGCUGGCGGUGGCUAUGGUGGAGGCAGCGGAGGCGGAGGAGGAGGCGGCGGCGGUGGUGGAAAUUUUGGAGGGGGUGGUCCUCCAGGACUGGGAGGACUGUUCCAGGCCGGCAUGCCGAAGCUGAGGUCCACCGCCAACAGGGACAACGAUUCUGGAGGAAGCCGACCCCCGAUUUUGCCACCAGGAGGAAGAGCCACAUCUGCCAAGCCCUUUUCACCCCCAAGUGGCCCGGGGAGGUUUCCCGCACCCUCACCAGGCCACAGGAGUGGGCCCCCAGAGCCGCCCAGGAACAGAAUGCCUCCCCCGAGACCUGAUGUGGGCUCAAAACCAGAUAGCCUUCCCCCUCCGGUACCAAAUACGCCAAGACCCAUUCCGUCGAGUCUGCACAACCGGGGAUCCCCAGCAGGGCUGGGAGCCCCCAGACCCCCCUUUCCCGGAAACCGAGGUGCUGCUUUUGGAGCAGGCUCUGUGCGCCAGAACCUCUCGAGCUCCUCCUCUCCGUUCCCCAGGCCCCCUUUGCCCCCGACCCCAAGCCGGGCCUUGGAUGACAAGCCCCCUCCACCACCUCCUCCGGUGGGCAACAGGCCCUCCAUGCACAGAGAAGCGGUUCCCCCUCCCCCAUCACAAAACAGCAAACCUCCAGUGCCUUCCACCCCGCGGCCGGGGGCGGGUUCACAGGCACCACCUCCUCCGCCACCGCCCAGCCGACCAGGACCCCCUCCUCUGCCCCCGACUUCCAGCGACGAGAUCCCCAGGCUGCCACAGCGGAACCUGUCCCUCACCUCCCCUACACCUCCCUUGCCUUCACCUGGACGCUCGGGGCCUCUCCCUCCCCCACCCACCGAGAGGCCCCCUCCUCCCGUGAGGGAUCCGCCAGGCAGAUCAGGCCCCCUCCCACCACCACCUCCAAUAAACAGAAAUGGAAGCACAGCUCGGGCCCUGCCUGCCACCCCUCAGUUGCCAUCUAGGAGUGGAAUGGACAGUCCCAGAAGUGGGCCUAGGCCUCCUCUUCCUCCUGACAGGCCUGGUGCUGGGGCCCCACCCCCACCCCCACCAUCCACAUCAGUUCGAAAUGGCUUCCAAGACUCAUCUUGCGAAGAUGAGUGGGAAAGCAGGUUCUACUUCCAUCCGAUUUCCGACUUACCGCCUCCAGAGCCGUAUGUGCCAACGACCAAGACGUAUCCCAGCAAAGUGGCCAGAAAUGAAAGCCGAAGUGGAUCCAACAGAAGAGAAAGGGGCGCCCCACCCCUUCCUCCCAUCCCGAGGUGAUCUCUGCCUGCUCCGCUCUACCCAAACCUCCAAAGCUGCCUCUGUUGUUGCUGUUUGAGAACUGCACGCGCCCCGCCCUCUUUCUUUGCCCCCCUCAGAGAGAGGAGGAGGGAGGAACGGAAGCUGAGGAGGGGAUCCCUGCGUGUGGGGGCGGCGGGGAUCGGGAAAGAAGGGCCUGUUUAUGUUGUAUAUAUUCCUGAGCUAUUGCUUGUGUCAGCCGCAGCCUGCCAGGGUCGGCUGCUGGGAUCGAUAGGCUUUUGUUAUAAGGAGGCAGAGAAGAAUCGUAUCCCAGCUUUCAGCCCCACGAGGUCAGGCAUUCACUGCUUUUUUUGCUACAGGCAGUAGCUGUUAAAUCCCCUGAGAGCUGGUUUUCUCUAUGCCUUUCUUGCUUACUUGGCCUCCGGUCUGGUUCCAAACGAACCACAGACCGCCCAAGCAAGUUGCUGAGCAAGCCCUACGUGAAGCCCUGUGGUUGCAGGAUGUCCAAUCUUUGGCAGUCUGAGGUAGGCUCCAGGGCAGAGCUGCCUAACAGAAACCUAAUGUGAGCCCCAUACCCAGUCUUAAAAUGACCAGCAGCCAUGUUUUAUAAGGGUAAAAGGAAACAGAUGAAAAGAACUCCAUUUUACUUAGCUCUGUGCAUCUGAAAUGUCACUUCCACCUGAAUUAUUAAUGAGGUAUUCACAUUUUUGGUACUAAGUCCUCUCACUCCAGUAACCAUUCUGUAUUUAGAACAAGCACAGGGCCAGAUUUCAAGUGUCCACACGUGCUUAAGCACCUCACAGUCAGCCGGUCUGGAAGACAGGAGCUAGUACGGAAAGCUUGUGCCUAAAAAGGCAAAUUGAAUUUUAGCAAUUCAAGAGAUAUCCCAAGACCAAGUCGUAACUUGAUACAGUGGCAGACAGUGAGACCUUAGCUUUUUGACCCUUAUUUUGCCUUUUUCCUUACUAUGUAUGUACAGGUGUUUCUUCAGAGUAUCAUUACCUAGUCAGAAAUGUAUCUAGUACAGUUUACCGGAGCAUGGAAUAAAGCCACUGCAAGAGAAAGGGAAACGUGUGGUGUGGGCUCUUCCUGGUUCAGAACCAGCUGGCUUGUGCACUCACUGGUCACUGGCCUUGCAGAUCUGUGGUUCUUCAAUCCUCCACUCCAGAGAAACCUUCCUCAGGUCAGGAAAAGCUAGGAGGGCAAGAUAGGAGAAGAAAGUCAGAGAAUGUAUCAAAUCAGAAUUAUGGGAGAAGGGGACAGCUUUGAUGAUGGGCAGAAUUCUACACAACCCACUGGGUCAAGUAGAUUAAGGAGCUUACCAGUAGAACCCGGAAAGCACUGGUUUUUGGAUUUCUUGGGAGAAUCGUCUUGGAUCUGUGCAAGUAAGUUCCGCUAAAGGACCGACCGUGAAAAGCAAAAGCAUCAGGCAUGCCUUUUAUAUACAUAGAAUUUUGUUUACAAUGUUUUACUGGGACUUUGAAAUCUAGCUGUAGAGUUGGAAAACGAUUUCCACUUUGAUGUUUUGUAUCGUCAUGUUUAAUGUUACUGUUGUCUAUUAAAGCACAUGGCCACAUGUGUAUCUACCUGAGCUUUGUAUUUUGGGUCCAGUGUAUUGCUCACGUGUUGCUGGGAGAUGCUAAUGACAACAACAACAAAAAAAAUCAAUCCAAAGAAAAAUGGAAAGACAUUCCUAUUUAUAGAAUGAUUGUUUCAUUUAUAUAAAAGCAUAACUUAGGAGUUCUAAUAGAUGAAACGUCUAAUAAAUUAUAAAGUGAUUGAUUUGAAUAUAUUGUAUUUUUAUAACUUUCCUUGCCAAAGCCCUGGACCUAGUUCUUUAGAGAGUAACUUUCCUUCCUUCUCCUCCACCAUUUGUCUGCCUUUCAUGAAAACAAAGAAAUAAAAGGUUCAACAAGCUUGACAAUUUUUUUAUUUCUAACAUUUUUAAAUGUAUUUCAAAUUAUUUGAUCUGAUAUUCACUAGAAUCAACAUCUUUUUGAUAGACACUCAGUGACCCACUUUACCGGAAAUAGAAUUGGUCCUUCCUUGUGCUGUGUAUGGCAGUGAAAGGUCAGACUCAAAAAUUGUGGGUCUGAAUUUUUUAAGGAAUCAUGAAAAUUGAAACAAGUCCUGGGUAAAUCUCAGUUUUUCAGGUACAUUUCUAAGUCAGGAACGGGGUCACAGCUCAAAGUUGCCAUUCAUAAUAAAAAGGGUUUGGAGAGUAUUUUGCAAAGAAUGUUUCAUUAAUACACCUACAUCCUAUCUUUGGAAGUCAGUGACCCAAUUGCAUUUAAAACUCUGGAGAAGUUCUGUGUUUAUCUUAACCUAUGGCAGACUGCAAAAAAAAAAAAAAAAAAAAAAAAAGGACUAUUUUCUUCCCUGAAAUCAAAGCUUACAUGUAUGUUUUUUCCCAUAAUAUUUCCAGUUAUGUGUAUUUAAGAUGCAAUGCAGUAUUUUAACAUUUGCAAAUCAUUUUAUAUGGAAAUAUAUUGCAGUAUUAAAAUUCAGUGUUCUGUGUCUAUUCACUAUGCAUUUUAUUUACUGAAAGCUGAGAAAAUGUUUAACCCAAUGGUGCCUUACUUGUGAUCUGAAAAGAAUGAACUUUUUAUGUCUUAAGUAGGGGGAUUAGCUGCAUAUUUGUAAAAACUGUUAGGCCUUUAUAUUUUAAUUUGUAAUAUCAAUUUUGUUAUUUUAGUACCAGAAACAGGGUGGUUAUUGAAACCUUCUCAAAGUUUUGGUAUGAAAUUAAUUUUCCCUGUUCAUAGGCAGGAGCUGUAGAGGAAAUUUUUCAUGCCACUGCACUGUAUAAACAGACACAGGCAUCUGUGUCAUCAGAGUAGUUAAAUGGUGGGGUAGAAUCUACCAUAGACACCUGCAUGUUUGUAAGUUAGCCAGACAAUAAAUAAAAAGCAGAA